GAUAGUCAAUCUCACACCAACUUCAACGAUAAGAUAUCUGUUGCAACGUUUCAAUAUCGUUUUGGUGACAAAACUCUGAAAAUACUGAAAUUCAUAGUCCACGAAAAAUAUCGAAACUCUGUGAGUGAAACUCGAAAAUAAUGUGAGGUGUGAGCAAAUAAGGAUGCCUGUGCAGAUAGGGUUAAGCCGGGAUUACGGCGGUUUUGACAACGAAGCCAACGACGAGAAGAAAGCCUUCGAAUUGUCCUCUCUUCUGAAUAGAAGAACCUUCGUAGUAUUGGGGUUCCUACUCUUCGCCCUUUGCUUACCCGUGAUAUUAUACCUAGACGUAUAUGAUGAGGGAAACUUACCAGCCAAAAUACAAGGUGUCUGUUUGUUGGACCGUUCGUACAGAAUCUCAUGUGGACCAGCGAAUAUAACCGAAACAAACUGCACCAACAUAUUAUGUUGCUUCGAAAGAAAAACCAAUUCUUGUUACCAUCAUGAACCUUCCAGCUAUUAUUAUUAUCGCAAAGACGCUGCUGAUUCAUUUAGAUUCUUAACCAGCCAAGAAAAGACACCUCUGGGCCUUCCAAGUUUGAAAGAAGUGAAGAUGAACUACUUCGAAGACAAGGAGAGCUUGAGGAUCUACCUAAACGAUACAAGAGUAUCGCUAAGGAAGAUGAAGAAUUACCUAGUUAAUUUCGACAUCUUGAAUAACGAGAACGAUAAACUAUCGACAACCGUGUACAGAAAAAACACUACGGAGAUGCUUUUGACCACGCUCAAAGGACCCUUGAUUGUCAGCGAGGAUUAUCUAGAAUGGACCAUUCAACUUACCAACGUCAGCGGGGUUCUUUUUGGUUUAGGACAGCUGAAAAUCCAUUCAGACGUGAAUACGACAGUAACGAAAAUCAUCUACAAGAAUCAAAACGAUCACAACACUCUCCCCAUGUUUAUGGCGUAUAACAACGGGAAAUACCAUGCAGUUAUAGUUAACCACGAAGGAGCCUUGCAAGUUACAGUUCUACCCUCGUAUCUCAUCCAUCUGAAGGCUUUAUACACUGGAGGUAUUGAGAUUCAGGUGAUAGAUGGACCUACACCAAAGGAUAUAUAUGAUAAAAUCAGAAGACAACAAACUGAACAGAGUUUUAUUCCGGAAUGGUUCUUUGGAUUACACAUUUGCAGGGAAGGACCUUUAAAAAAUAUCAAGGAACUUGUUGACUUAUACACAUCCUUCGUUUCGACAAAAAACAAAUAUCCAAAAUUCACUUACGAAAGCGAAUGUGUACAUGAUGAUCUCCUUCUUCACUUGAUCGCUGAAAACUACACGACCGCUCAAACAAAAAAACUUAUAACUAGUCUUGGAAUGUCAGAAAAUUUCAUGUUGUCCUAUCCAGCACAGAUUCCCCUCUACAGUCAAAUAUUUCAAAAAUUCAAAAACACCACCAUUUUCUACAAGAAUCCGGAUGGAACAUUUCUCGUGGGAAAGUAUGAAAAUUUCGAUGUGGUCUAUCCUAUAUACAGUCAGGAUGAUGUCCAGGAAUUGAUAGAGGAAAUCGUUGAACUGUUUCAAGGCGUCAAGUUAAGCGGUUUAACUUUUACUAACAGUUGGCCUCAAGAUGAUAAUUAUCAGAGGAAGGGUUCAACAGAGGUUUUUUUGGAUGAUUACUUACAGGAUUCCUUUUCGUAUACCAUUCCCUUCAACGUAACCGAGGGUAAUGAUAUUCAUGCAAGAUACCACAAUGAGUUUGGAUCCAAACUUUCGACAAUUGUGAGUAAAAUAUUCGAAACCCAAGUCUCAUUCUCGCCAGUUUCAGACCAAAACGCUAACCGACCGCUGAUCAUACAAAACCUCAACACUUCUUGGACAGAUUUAAAGACGUCUCUAGGAAAAACCCUAUUCAACAGUUUGUUCGGAAGGAACUUCUUAGCAGCCCCAGUUUGCGGUUCUAAUUCAUAUGAUCAGAAACUGCAGGAAGACCUGUGUUUGCGUUGGUAUCUAGUAGCAGCCACUAUGCCUCUCAUCAGGGUUUCUUCCAAGGGUUUGCAAAGAAGUCCUACGAAUCUUUACACGAAGUAUACCAUAGAAAAAGUAAUAAACGUUUUGGACACCAGGAGAUCUCUUAUACCCUACUAUAGAUCAAUACUGAAAAAUGGAGGACCUAUUAUAAGACCGAUGUUUUUCAAUUUUCCCAAUGACAUUAAGGUUCAUGACAUCGAAGACCAGUAUAUGAUUGGUGAUGGUAUUUUAGUGGCUCACCCAAUGUCCCCAGAAAUAGAGAUCAUGAAGAUCUAUUUACCUCCGAAUAGGGCUUGGUAUGAAAUUUGGGGAGGCAAAAGAUAUCACACUGAGAAGGGUAAGGAAUGGAUUAAGUUCCCAAUUGUUAAAAGCGACUGGAUCAGCUUCAUAAUGGAGGGACAUAUUAUUCCUCAAAUCAAGAAGGGAUCGAGUGGUCCAGAAAUAACACUAAGAAUUGCAAUGAAAUGUAAUUCAAUCAGUUGUAAAGCUGAUGGUUCCUUAUUGUACGAAGAUUUUGGAGACGAGAUCAUAAAUUUUUCAGCUUCAGGACAGAACAUAACAAUAAAACCAGAAAUAGUCAAAGAAAAACAAGUUAAAGAUAUGAUCAAAAGCAUCUGUAUUUAUAAUGCUACUUCCAGUGCUUGCGAUGAUUCUGUACAUAAAUAUAUAGUUUGAAAAUGAAA